AUGAUUCGGAAAGAGGCGUACGUAAGCCCUUCUGUAAUGGAAGAACUGAAGAGAAUCGUGUUGGAGAGCGAUAUUAUGUCGGAAGAUGAUGCUUCGUGGCCAGUACCUGAUAGAGUUGGCCGUCAAGAGCUUGAAAUUGUUUGUGGCGAUGAACACAUAUCUUUCACAACUUCGAAAAUAGGAUCUUUGAUUGACAUUACGAAUAGCAAAACAUAUUAUUACCUAGUUCAGGACCUGAAGUGUCUGGUGUUCUCGCUAAUUGGAUUGCACUUCAAAAUAAAGCCAAUAUAAUACGUCCCGUUUCUUAGUAUUUUUUCUGCUUCAGCUUAUCUUUUUGGGCAACUAGGAGCAAGCCACCAAUAAUUUGAACAAAAAGGAUACCCGGUUGGUGUACAGUAGUAUUGUAAUUUCGGGCAAAGUAAAGAUGAGCGUAUAACUUCAGUUUCGUGUCAAUGGUUGAAACAUCCUAUAAUUUUAGUAUCGAUACAUGGCUUUCGACACUGUUUUGAUGAGUUCUAGUUUAUGAAGUUCGUUAGUUGGGUUGGAUGUCAGUUAGUCAUCUACAACUUAGGACCAAGCACAUAUAUGCGUCGGUCCAAG